AUGAAUAACAUUGUCAAAUUUGGUUAUGUUAUGAUCAUUUUUCUAUCCCUAUUUUUCGUUGUAGCCGAUGCUUACGCUGAAAUGGCUACACCCUUUGAAGUCAAAACUAGACCUUUUGUAUUCAUAAAAGACAUCAACGUAAAAAAGGACUUUUGGAAAAUGGUUGUGAAGGUUAGGGACAAAUGGACAGUUGUUAAGGACGGAAGGGAGCACUCAGAAAUGGUCAUUGUGGAUGCAAAGGGUACUGACGCUCAAGUCGUCAUCCCAACGGCAUACAAGGCUGAAACCGACAAAAUGAUUGAAGAAAAUACAACUUAUACACUGAGCAACUUUCUGGUAUUGACAAAUGAUUUGUUCUUCAAACCAUCAGAUAACAAGUACAAGUUGAUUUGGACUGGUGGAACAACUACUGUAGACCCUAAUGUUCAUGAUAUCCCUGAUAAUGACUUGAAGUUCAAACCAUUUGCUGAAAUUGUUGUUGGGAAAUGGCGUUCUGAUCUAUUAUACCAUGUCAUAGGCUAUGUUCAUGAAAUUGGAUAUUGUCAAGUAAAUCAAGGAGUGUCUAAGAAACUGCAAGUGAACUUGACCUUGAAAGAUAUUAGUGACAUCUCUUUAAACUGCACUCUUUGGGAGGACUAUGCUGCAAAAUUCAUCAAAUUUAACAAUGAUAACAAGGAAAGUGGCCCAGUUAUAUUAAUGCUGAAGUAUGGGAAGAUUAUGGAAGAAGCUUGUUUUCUUUUUUACAUAUUUCUCUUAUACUGUUAUAUUUAAAUUGUAUAUACAUAUAUAUUUUAUGAGGAUGAUCUUUUCAAAUGAUCAAUAUUACAGGUAAAUACCCUCUCAGUGUUACUAACAUGUAUGGUGCUACGAAAAUGUUGAUCAAUGCUGAUAUAUCCCAUAUCAAAACGUUCAG